AUGUCGAUACCAGCAACUAAGAAGCGGAAGCUCGAGGGCGCUGCUACCUCUAGCGCAAAGUUAACAAAGUCAAUUCCUUUAAAAUCAAGUUUAAAAGCUUCCGCCUCAAAACCGAAUCCUACAAAAAAGGACCGACAACCAGCUCCAGCAUCAUCUGACGAAGAAGACGAAGAAGAAAUUUCAAACAACGAAGAUUCUGGGGAUGAAGAUGAAGAAUUCUCAGAUGACAACGAUGGCGACGUCUCCGACGCAAAUAACCAUUCUGAUUCCUCUUCUUAUGACCUCUCCGACGACGAAGGCGGGAACGGAGAAACCGACGAAUUCCCCUCUGAACUCGUCGAAUCCAAAAAAAGAAAGCGAAACGAUCCCACAACCUUCGCAACUUCCAUGUCCAAGAUUCUCUCCUCUCACUUAACGACACAAGCUCGUAAAGACCCUAUUCUUAUCCGUUCCAAGAAGGCCGCCCACGAUAUCUCUGAUCAAAAACUCGAGGCGAAGGCGAAGCGACUUAUCUCGCAGCAAAAACGUGAAGCUUUGGAGAAAGGAAGAGUGAAGGAUAUCAUUCCAAAAGACGACGCUACAGGCGAGGAAGUCAAAAACGUUCUAGAAAAGGAGAAGGCACUAAGAAAGAUUGCACAGAGGGGUGUAAUUAAGCUGUUUAACGCAGUGAGAGCAGCACAGGUCAAAGGCGAGGAGGCAAGGAAAGAUGGCAAGCUCAAGGGGACACUUGGUAUCGAUACCAAAAACAAGAAUGUUACCGAAAUCUCGAAAGAAAGCUUCUUAGAUAUGAUCUCGAAAUCGAAGGAGAAGUGA